GCGAAACUAGACGCGGCCUGGGCUCGGGGCUUCCCGGGGGGCGCGGGACUUAGGCUCCCUCCUGAAGCAUUUCCCAGUAGAGACCCCACUCUGGUCACCAUAGGGACCCCACCCCUCCUCCGUUUCCAUGGGGAUGGGUAUCCAGCCCCCCUUGCCUGUUUCCAUGGAGACCCGGACCCUGCCUCUCUUCGCCCGGCUUGGAGCCCCCCAGCCUGUCUUCGGAUUUUUCCGUGUAGCCCUGGCUGGGGGCUGUCCCAGUCAGGUUCCUUUUCCCAGCCUUCUCUCAAGGGUGCUCCGUUUGUACUACUCGUGUGCCACCCUCAAGCCUCCUGGUCUUGUUUGUUCCGGACAGUUGGGUCUCCGCUUAGCUGCUGAUGGUGCCGGGGAAGCCCUGAGGGGCCGCCGGUGCUCUUAUCUCUCCUCCGAUGCAGCGAAAUGUGCAUCUACCCGGGUUGCGUAAGCCAGAGCAAGGGGUCGGGCCGGUUCCUCCCGGAUCCAAUCCCUUGGCCUGUCUCUGGUAACUACCUCUCUGUCUAGCCGCCCCACUCCGUAAAGGUUCACUUUCUAACCCAGGACAGAGGAGAGAGAUAAAGUGUAAAGCCAGACUGAAAACGAAAAGUGAUGUGCUGAUUAUUUUUAAAUUUCGUUCUGCCUGCCAAACCCAGAUUUGUAGAACCGGUGUGUUUGCAGCUAAAGGAAGAAGAACUAAUCCAGAACAGAAAAGAUUUCAAAUUUGGUAUCCUUCCUGUGAGAACAUAUCUUUCGAAGAGAGGAUGUCUUCCCAAGAGAGUAUAUCUGCAGGUCUUUCAUUCAUUUAACUGACAUCUCCUGAACUCCUAGUGUCAUCGUAUUGUGCUAGGGAGAGUAGAAACAAAAAUAAGACUCACCAUUCUCUCUCGCCGCAGAGAGCACACUAUACAAGCAUAGGUCUAGUACAUUGCAUAGGACACCACAUUGUUUUAGGAGAUAAAUAGAUAUAAUGGUCUUCUUUGGAUAUGCCUGACUAGGGAUCAGACCGUCUACCCAGAAGCUGAAACAUCUGUUCUAGGAAGGAGGGAAUGAAUUCACACUUGCUUUCCCUACUAUUACCAGACAUUGUGCUUUAAUGAACAUUAUCUCUUUUACUCUGUGUAACAACUCUGAGAGAACGGGGAUUACCAGUCCCACCUUAUCCAUAAGAAAGAUGGAGCACAGAAAAGUUACCCAGGUACUAAGUGGCAAAGCUGGAAUUUGUGGGUAGGUGACCCUGCCUCCAAAGUUCCACUUCCACAAUGGACUACACUGCCUCGUGGUCUAAUCUGGGGCAUAUCUGAAUGGGGUUUUCUUACUUUAGGAUGUGUAAUAACUCAGCCUUGAAGCAGUUUGUCCUCUUCUCCCCUUUAAGUUUGGCAGUAAGGCAUGUAUGGAAGGUCUUAAGAACUACUUAUUUCUUCAGUUGGGUGUGUGUGUGUGUGUGUGUGUGUAAGGCAUUGCUUUUCCUUUAAAAUGACUUGAUGGUUUCAAAGUUAAACUUUAAAAAAUAUGAUUCCCAAGGAAGAUGAUUUUCAUUUACUUUGGCCUCUUCUUCAAGUGAGAGGAAAAAUGUGCCCUGUGGUUGCCAAGGAGGUCCCAGGGUAUGGCUCUAACUCUGGCUUUGUCCUCUUGCAGAUAGGUCAUUACCUUUCCAUUUCUCACAAUUGGGCUGAGCACGAUUGAACCAUGGGGGAACACAGUCCGGACGACAACAUCAUCUACUUUGAGGCAGAGGAAGAUGAGCUGACCCCCGAUGACAAGAUGCUCAGGUUUGUGGAUAAAAACGGACUGGUGCCUUCCUCAUCUGGAACUGUUUAUGAUAGGACAACUGUUCUUAUUGAGCAGGACCCUGGCACUUUGGAGGAUGAAGAUGAUGAUGGACAGUGUGGAGAACACUUGCCUUUUCUAGUAGGGGGUGAAGAGGGCUUUCACCUAAUAGAUCAUGAAGCAAUGUCCCAGGGUUAUGUGCAACACAUUAUCUCACCAGAUCAGAUUCAUUUAACAAUAAACCCUGGUUCCACGCCCAUGCCAAGAAAUAUCGAAGGUGCAACUCUCACUCUGCAGUCGGAAUGUCCAGAAACGAAACGUAAAGAAGUAAAGCGGUACCAGUGCACAUUCGAGGGCUGUCCCCGCACCUACAGCACAGCGGGCAACCUGCGCACCCACCAGAAGACUCACCGGGGAGAGUACACCUUUGUCUGUAAUCAGGAGGGCUGCGGCAAGGCCUUCCUCACCUCCUACAGCCUCAGGAUCCACGUGCGAGUGCACACGAAGGAGAAGCCAUUUGAGUGCGACGUACAGGGCUGUGAGAAGGCGUUCAACACUCUGUACAGGCUGAAAGCACACCAGCGGCUUCACACAGGGAAAACGUUUAACUGUGAAUCUGAAGGCUGCAGCAAGUACUUCACCACACUCAGCGAUCUGAGGAAGCACAUUCGAACCCAUACAGGAGAAAAGCCAUUUCGGUGUGAUCAUGAUGGCUGUGGGAAAGCAUUUGCAGCAAGCCACCACCUUAAAACCCACGUCCGCACACAUACUGGUGAAAGACCCUUUUUCUGCCCCAGUAAUGGCUGUGAGAAAACAUUCAGCACUCAAUACAGUCUCAAAAGUCACAUGAAAGGUCACGAUAACAAAGGACACUCAUACAAUGCACUUCCAAAUCACAAUGGAUCAGAGGAUACAAAUCAGUCGCUUUGUCUGAGUGACUUGAGCCUUCUGUCCACAGAUUCUGAACUUCGAGAAAAUUCUACUACAGGCCAGGACCUCAGCACAAUUUCACCAGCAGUCAUCUUUGAAUCAAUGUUCCAGAAUUCAGAUGAUCCGGCAAUUCAGGAAGAUCCUCAGCAGACAGCUGCCUUGAUUGAAAGUUUUAAUGGUGAUGCAGAGUCAGUCAGUGAUGUUCCGCCACCCACAGGAAAUUCAGCAUCUUUAUCUCUUCCGCUUGUACUGCAGCCCGGCAUCUCCGAGCCACCCCAGCCUCUACUACCAGCCUCAGCACCGUCUGCUCCUCCGCCUGCUCCCUCCCUAGGAACUGGUUCCCAGCAAGCUGCAUUUGGCAACCCCUCUGCUCUCUUACAACCUCCAGAAGUGCCUGUUCCCCACAGCACACAGUUUGCUGCUAAUCAUCAAGAGUUUCUUCCGCACCCCCAGGCCCCACAGCCCAUCGUCCCAGGACUUUCUGUUGUUGCUGGGGCUUCGGCGGCGGCAUCAGCCGUGGCAGCACCGCCCCAAGCGCAAAGUACUACUGAGCCCCUGCCAGCCGUGGUCCAGACUCUGCCCCUGGGCGCCAACUCUGUCCUGACUAAUAAUCCCACUAUAACCAUCACCCCGACUCCCAGCACGGCCAUCCUGCAGUCCAGCCUAGUCAUGGGAGAACAGAACUUACAAUGGAUAUUAAAUGGUGCCACCAGUUCCCCGCAAAACCAAGAACAAAUUCAGCAAGCAUCUAAAGUUGAGAAGGUGUUUUUUACCACUGCAGUACCAGUAGCCAGUAGCACAGGGAGCUCUGUACAGCAGAUCGGCCUCAGUGUUCCCGUGAUCAUCAUCAAGCAAGAGGAGGCGUGUCAGUGUCAGUGCGCGUGCCGGGACUCUGCCAAGGAGCGGGCGGCGGGCAGGAGGAAGGGCUGUUUUUCCCCAUCCCCGGCAGAGCCGAGUCCCCAGCCUCCUGACGGGCCCAGCCUGAAGCUACCGUCGCAGACUUUUCCCUCACGUCCCGGUCCCUUGUCGUCCUCCUCCGCUGUACCCUCUUCCUGUGAGCAAGGCAGACAAGCAGAGACUCCUUCAGACCCUCAGACAGAAACGUUAAGUGCCAUGGAUAUGUCAGAGUUUUUGUCCCUCCAGAGCCUGGACACCCCGUCCAAUCUGAUUCCCAUCGAAGCACUACUGCAGGGGGAGGAGGAGAUGGGGCUGACCAGCUUCUCCAAGUGAAAGGGCCGCGUGCACUCACCUCUAGGAAAAGAGGGGGAGCGGAAGCGUAAGGUGCGGUGCCUGCCAUCAUGGGGGGUCAGCAGUUCGAAGGAUGAAGAAAUCUACUGUUUGAAAUCCUCACCUUUCAGACGUAUUUUCUUUAGUCAUAUCCCAGGAGCAUCCAUUUUAAGGAACUGAUCUUUGGAAAAAAACAAAAACAAAAACAAAAAAAAACAAAACAAAAAAAGCUAAGUUAUAAAUGAACUGUUUGGCUGCACUGUAUGUCACUUUUGCUUAUUGUCAUGUGAACUUGGAAAUUAAGGUUACUCGUAUGCAUAAACAUUCAAAAUGAAAGGGUGUGGCUUCCAUCUGUGUGAGGCUGCCCAUCACUGGCACUGGGGACUUUGUGGUCUGGGCAGUAGUGUUCAGCGUGGCGGGCGUUGCUUCUCCCCGUGCGUCUUUUGAGUCUGAGGCUGAAGCUUGCGAGGAAGGCGAGACCCUCGCUCCGUCAGAGUGGGGAGUGGCAAAGGCAGAGCAGACAGCUGCGAGCUGGACAGGGGUCGGGCCAGGUGGUCCUGUUGUUUGAUCUUGGUGUCCACGGAGCUCAGGGUGAUGGCAGGUGGCGUCCUGCAGACAGCUACAGCACAAUGGGUAGUAAAAGCCUGGCCUGAGGCUGUGUCAGUGAUGUCCCGUCUGCCGCGGCCCCAGGUGAGCUGGUGACCGCUGUCUGUCCCCGCCGUUUGCGGAGCUGGCUCCGGCAACAGUGUCACGGCGUUUGCCUUCCCUGUUCUUUCUAUCUCUUGGUUGGUUGCCAGGCCCUGCAGAUCGCAGCGGACUUUCCUUGGGGAACAUCCCUGUUUUGUCCUCGAGUGGAUGUGUGGCUUGUGGCCAGUUGCCGGCUGGUGGUCUGCCUUCCUUUAAUGGUAUUCUCUUCCUCAGAGCAGAAGAGCUGCAUUUUGCUUAUCAGAAGGAAGUCAUUGUUGGUGUUUUUUGAGGCGGCAUGUAAUUGGCAGGCCAGGUGUCCUGGUUCCAGGUUCUAGCCAGGCUUUUGGUUGCCCCUCCCAUCUCCGCCUCUCACCCUCUGGAUUUUGCAUACAGUCUAGUACAGUGCAAAGAAGGAUGUGACUUGCUCAGCUUAGUCACGUGAUUUCUAAACAAAUACACAAAAGCAAACAAAAACCACAAAACGAUGAUCUUCUA